UGAAAUAUAAGCUUCACUUAUAUUUUGGACGGAUACCACAGUUUCUAUUGCUGUAAUUGCGGAAAUUUCGACAGUGGUAGUACCUUGUUUGUGCAAAGCUGAAACCAAAACUGAUGUGCGUGGGUUUUGACGUAUUGAAGUGACAUCUUUGCGCGGUAUAUUGCGCUCGAAAGUUGGAAAACAUGGAAAUGCUUCCUUGGAAGUCGAAUGUCUGAAGUUCACUUUUAUCGUAUUCAAGGUUCAUUAGUGGUUGGUGUAUCUUUUUGAGUAAAUCAAACUCUCUUUACUUCAUCCCAUUUAUACAUCAAAAUCGGACGUUAUAUAUAUAUUGUCGAUAUUAUUCUGUGGAAAUGCUAUGUCAUUAUGGCGCCUGUAUCUUCAAUAACAUGAGAGAUGUCUUCGUUUACAAAACUCUGAAGUGAGAUUUUAUUUCUUCGCUGCGGUUUUAAACACUCACCCUAAGCUCUCGAUAUGGGAGAUGGAACUGUAGAAGCCGUAUUUCCUUAUUCUUACCAAGCUGGCGAUGGAAGAGUCAUCGAAUUUGAAACAGGAGAUCGGUUUACAUUGCUCAACAAGACCAACGUCGAUUGGUGGCAAGUUACGAGGAAGGAUACUACUGAGGAAAAACCUAUGUACGUUCCUGCGUCUUAUAUGAAAGAAAUUACCCCAGGAAGAAGAGAUCCGAUUUACGAAAACGUGGAAAAGUUUGAUCAUCAUGAGACUUGUAAUGGAGCAGGUAGCAGAGAGAAUGUCUCGACGAGCGAUAUGCGUAGUUGCCAUUCGAUCACAGGGAACUCACAAGUUUCAAACGAUGCCAAUUGUUCCGAUUAUCCAGCUUGCAACAACGGAACUGGAGACGAAAAUGCAAGUAACGCCUCUAGAGCUUUAAACGAUUUUAAUGGUGUUACAAAUGGUUCUUCAAGGGUCAACCCAUCGGCAAAAUCUCUGGAAUCGGUGAGUGUAUGCAUGCAGCCAGCUUUAAGUCGUUUAUAAUAUUAUCUUGUUAAUCGCGAAGCAAUUUUCUCUAAUUGUCAUCUCAUCAGCGAAAACGAGAGUAAGCACUCUUUAGGAAUACAAGAGUACUCCGUAAUUUUUUUUUUUUUUGGAUGGCAUGAUAAAUCGUGUUGCAUAGUUGAUUAAAUCUAGUCAGAGUUAAUUCUCUGUUGUUGAGAGAAACUUAAAUUACAUCAAGUUUUCUUUUUCGGGGAAAGAAACAAGUGAUUGUUUACAAUAAACAAUAUGAAAACAAAGUAAGAACCAUCGUGAUAAUUGAUCACGGUACUACUGGUUACAUUUGCCUUUGGCAAGAAAGUUUCGGAUAUCAAAGGAAAAAAACGCUUUUUGUAUACUUUGUCGUGAGGGAUUUUUAAAGAUAAUGGUCACCCAUAACUUUCAUCAUUUGUGAGAAAAAACAUGCAUCCAUCUAGAACCUUCUUACCGAAGAAGAUUUAUUUCAAACAGUGCUUAUCAUGGUUACGAACAAGAAUUAGCACAAACGAGAGCUUUCCAUCUUUUACAGUCAAACAACGAAAAGAAAACUUUUCAUCCGCUUGGUAAAUGAUGUUGUGGGUCCUGUGGGUGCCUUGUAGGCCCUUUAAUUGAGAAGGAAGUAUUCACAGAUAAUUUUAUCUCCUUAGCUAUGUCUUACAUUAAUAUGAUUCAUAAGUGUUUUCUGAAGUUAGUGGUUUGCAAACUGGAUACUUUUGACACAUAAGCCAUGUACUAGGUUAUAAAAAAGUUUGUUUGUGUGUUUGUUUCUGAUUUUGCAGUUUAUUAUCUGAUUUCAACUGGUCUUUGAUCUGUAUUUUAAAAUUGAAACUUUUAAAUUUUAAUUUCAAGGUUAGUUUUGUUCCCAAAAUUAUUAUUGACACUUUUUUGCUCUUCGUGCAAAGUUGAGAAGUUGUAAGUUGGAUUCAAAGUGUUCUGUUUAUACCUCUUGUGAUUUUUUUUUGCUGUUGGUAGUAACUUAAAUAAGCAGCAAUGUAAAAUUUUUACUUAAGAUUUUGUAUUAAUUUUGAUUCAAGCACAUUACUGUGAAAGUUCCAAGAUUUUGUUUGCUUAGAAGUGAACUGAAAAAAAAUUUCUCCAAGAAAGUGAAAGUUAAACUUGCUCCAUCAGAAAAUAUUUUUAUACAUUUAGGUUACUAUUUUAGUUGUUGUUUUUGCACUGAAUAGAGAAUAGAGAUGUGGUGGCCAUUACCUAGCAUCUUUCAUUCUCUGGCUAGUUAUCUGUGAUUUGAAUUUUUUUUUUAAUCCUAGCGUAAUCAUUAGCCCAGGGCUACCUGUUUGGCUUUCAUCCAGGUUUCAUCUGCCUAAAAUUAUGUUAAGGUUGCCAGAAACAAAAUUUUCUUUGACGGGAAAAAGGAAAUAUAUAUUUUUUUGCAACAUAAUAGAAUGUUUUUACUAUGAGAGCCAGGCUGAAAACAAGUUACCAAACUGGUGACUUCGCCUUCAAAUUUGAUUGCCAAAAUUCUCCCACUCACCAUGAGGACUAAAAUGAUAGGAUCCUGAAACACUGUGGACUGUAUCAUCUAUUAUUAUACUACUAUUAUAAUACUACAUUCCUGUUUCAGUGUUCAUUUGGUCUUGUAUUGUGGGUAAUAAAUGUACUGUACAGAGUAACAGGAUAUUGGCCUUCUUGAUAUCUUUUAAUUCUUGACGAAAUAAAUUAUUUUCAGUAUGUAUUUCAACAGAAAGUCAUGAAAACUGCCCACAGUUGUAUAUCAUGCUUUUGCACUUUUUGCUGGCUUUGUUGCUUUGUAAACCCCUUCACUAACAGAAAUGAUGAUAAAUUAACUUUUUCCUGAAAUAUUGAUAACUUCCCAAACAAAAUGGUGAUGAGAAGAAACAAAAAUUUCCACCCAAGGAAAUAAGUUUAUUAUGGAUUGAAAAAAAUUUCAGGGAAAAAUGAUAAGAAAUGCAGGAAAGUUAGUACAGCAAAUUAAGUCCAAGAUUUUUGGGGUAAUUAAUAUUAUCUUGAUCUAAGCAAGUCCAUGUUCUGUACUUUACAUUACAAACCAGGUUUUUCCCGCCAGUUUUUUCUGCUUGCAUUUUUGGCCCAAGCACAUACUACUGAGAGAUAUAACAAGGUUAAUUUAACUAUUAUGCCAAGAAACUGUUGGAAAAUGAGCUUAAUCUGCACCUGUAACUGAUUCAACUGUGAUUGUUUUUUAGUCUGGAAACUUCUCAUCACCUAGAAAAGAGAGACCUAAAUCGCAGUCACUACCCACGGGUUGGGUUCAAAUAACUGAUGAAGCAAGUGGUAGAUUGUGUUAUUACAACACACAUACUGAGGAAAGAAGCUGGAAACCACCAAGGAUAUCACAAUCCAGGACUCCCCCACCAAAUGGGGUAAAUGCUUUACUUGAGGUCUUUUCAGUGAAGGAUGGUGCAAAGCAGUUUGAUAAAGGAGAAAGACAGCUUAAUGGCUAGUUUUCUGGAUAAUGGAUUGAUAGAAGGAGUAUGUUUCUUAGAAAAACUGUGGAGCUGUUUUGGUGGAGGGUAUUAGAAUAUACAGAUUUCAUUUUUUAAAGGUGUACAAAUGGAAAAGUUCUUAUAAAAGGGACUUUACACAACCUUGGGUAACUUUUUUUUUGUUGUUGUUAUUGUUGUUUCAAACAGUGGCAGACACCACCAUUAGGAUGGCGAAUCUCACGCAGUGGUUCAACUGAUGAAUUGGUGUAUGUCAAUGAUUUCAAUGAUGAAGAGGUUUGUAUUUUUAGCAGGCAGUUUUCAUAAUGAAUAAAAGCAUUUCAUAUGAUUAUAAGGGGAAUUCCUCUCACAGAUGCCAAAUUAAUGUGCUGUUUGUUCAACAGUUGGCAUCCAGUAGCUUUUGUUUAUGUUUUCCCAACUGUUUUGCUAAUGUCAUGCUCUGUGGGUGAGCACUUUUACAUUAUUAAUGUUUUUGUGGUGGAACGUAAAGUAAAAGUGUGGCAAGAAAUGACAAUGGCAUGUAAAACUUGUUCAAAUGCAUUUUAUACUAUUAUGUCAGAAUACACAUAGAUGCAAGACUCAUGUAUGGUACUACCCCAUAUCUUUGAGCUGCAUUGUAGUUGUAUCAUUAGCUCUUGACUUUGGCAGAUCCUGCAAUUUUUGAAACAACAUCACAAUGGACCCAAACUGAGAAACUUUUUACCAAAAGAGCUCACAACAUUCAGUAUUUUUAACUCCUGAUAAUUGUGAUACUCUAAACAAUAUUUUUAUAAGAAAGCAAUGUAACAUACUCCAGUUACAGUGACUAAAAGAUAACUUACAGUUCUUUGUUUAAUUUUAAAGUGGAUGCCUUCAAAAGAUGAGGAAGGAAGAGAUUAUUAUUACCUUGUCAAUGGAAACACUGCACGUACAUCUUGGGAACUUCCUGAGGUACUUAAUUAAUCUUAACACUUUUUUAAGGCCAGGGGCUUUGAAAAGAAAAAAAAGACAGGGUCUUUAUAAGCACAGAAACUUUUGAUGCAAAGAUGGUAGCCAGAUAGGGAGGGAAACAGCUUCUUGUAGGCUUUGAUAUCAAAAGAGGUAUCAACUGUAAAGCCGUUGUGAUAGAACAGUGAAAUUCUGACAAACUUCUGUGCCUGAAAAAUUGUCUCCCUUUUGUACAUAUGUGUGUAUAUUUUCAUUGGAAAGCAUUUUUUUCACUUUUAGAAUUGGGGUUUUGGGAAUUGCUCCAGUACUAUGUCAAUAUUUUUUUUCUGAUUUAUCUGUUUAUUUACUUGAGCAAGGAAUUACAAGGCAGUUGGGUUCUUUAACAUUAAAUAUGGACAUAGUCAGUAUUCACAGCUGUCCAGUAAUCUGCUGAAUGUCAGCUUUUCCCCUCUCUUUGAUACGAAAUUUGUUGUUGAUCUUUAUGUUGCAUUUACUGAAUUUUCAUGCCAGGAAACUCUCUGAUGUAGUCCCAUAUAUCUUUUUGAGCCUCUUCCUUUUAGUAGACUAGACUGUUAAAUGUAAGUUGUAUUCACACCACUGGCUUUCUACAGCUUGAACCUGCCCGGCAGUCUUUUGAAGCACUGGAUGUCACAUACAGACGGCGCUCACCAAAUCUCAGUCUUAGAACCUCAAAGUGUCAGUCUCUGCUGACAUCAAGCCCACGAAACUCUCAAGCAAAUCUUACCUUUCCUCCCCCCUCUAUGUCUGCUGCUGCUGUUCAUGGCUUUCCCCCACCACCACCCUUGGUUGGUUCUGAGCUGCGUUCAUCCCUCAAGGUGACAAUAUUGUGGCAUCUGGCAUCACUAUGGAUGUUUGAUUGUUUUAACAAUUCACACAGUCACUAAAAAUCAUCAUACUUCUGGUCAUCUACCUGCUUAUCUUUCUCCUUAAUGCCUUCUAAUUAUUCCCUGUGACAAAUUCCUUAAUUCCAUUGCCUUGCACCUGGUUGUCAUGUGCACUCAUUGGUUCUCAAAUAAUUCUUUAUCAUCCUAACAGACACACUUCAUGCAACCUCCAUGUUUGGUGUGAUCACCAUUUUUUGCGAAUUGAUAACAAAACUAUAACUAUCUUACCACAUCAGCUAACCAAAAAUGGUUUCUUAUCAAAACUGUGCCAAUUAACAUUUUAUCCUCCAUUUAUUGGUUUAUUUAUUUUGCUAUUACAUGGUAAGUCUGAUAUCAUUAAGAUAUUACUUCCUCAUUGUAAGAUUUUCUAGUGGCCUAUAUAGAUAUCAGGACCCACAUCUGGGUCUAAUAGAUAAAGUCAAGGCUUACUGGGAAACUCUCUUUAACCCUUUAACUCCCAGAUCAAGUUUGUAAUUCUCCUUACCGUCCACCAUAUAAUUCUCAUAAUGUUAGUUCAGAGGAUUUAGUAUUGGAUUGACUAAUUAUCCCCAAAUUGAUAUUUCUCUUUAUUCUCAUCACCUAUCUGGUUGAUAUUGUAUUGAUAUUGUAAGGAGAAAUUAUGUCUUAGUCACUCGUGGGAGUUAAAGGGUUAAUAUAGUGAUUAAAGGAAAAGGGAAAUCUUGUUUUUACUCCUGUUUUAAAUAUUGUGUUUUAGUCCCAUUACUCAAAUGAGAGCAAAUGCAGCAGAAACUUGAAAAAGCUAAGACAAGUUGAAGAUAAUUAGUCAAAAAGUCAAACUAUACAUGUUUGGGUUGUUUUUUAAUUAUAAAAAUCUCUUCUUGUUUGUUUGUUUAUUUUUGUCUUUGCUGUGCAUUCCUUAUCGUUAAAUCAGAAACUGAGGAGACAAAAGAUGAAAAGUGUGUAAAAUCAUGUAGCCUACUGUAGGAAAAGUCACUGCUUUUUUCCACUAAGUUAUUCAUGGGGAAAUUUUUGUUGUAGCACUUAUGAGUGAUCAGCACUAUUCACUGAGAAAUUCUGUAGCAUUAAUCUUGAACUUGCAUUUACAGAAACAAGAAGAGAAUGUUUAGUUGCAGAUAGUUGUUUUAUCAAAUGUUUUCAUUUUAUUAAGUUUUUGAAUCUUUGGUACAUCAGUAGGUCCAUGCUUCAUGCAGUGUAAGAUUAUCCUUUUGUGAGAAAAAGCAUUUACAUAUGUAUCCAUAAAAAUCUAAAGAUUUAGGAUAAUAAUAACUUCUCAGGGUUUUUGUUUUCUACAAUCUUUUCAAUUAGGUUGCCAAAAGAUCUGCAUCUGUACAGUCUCGAGAGAGUGUGUCCUCAGCAGAUGAAUGGCCAACACCUCCAACACCUUCAACAGAUUUUGUUGAUUUUGUAAGUAAUAACUUAAUCAGUGUUUUGAAUAAUAUGGUAGGCCAAUAGUCCUGCUUUGAAAAUGAGAUGAUAAAUUUCCAUUUCAGUUAAGUAAGCUUGGACUAUCUGAUAAUCAAAAGGUGUGAGAGUGAUGAUUGUCUGAUUUUUUUAUGAAAAACACUCCUGACUGAUAAAAUAAUAAAUGAUAUCUCAUAAUCUGCUUCAAACAUUGCAAAAGCCUUUUCCUAAACCUAUCAUAAGCAAUGAAUGGUUUAAUAGCUCAGACACCAUGGCCUUCAAGUCUAUCAAAAUUCUGGAAUAACAGUUACAUACCUGGCAGGUUUUAAGUUAGGAAAAACAUCAUAUUUCAUCAAAUGAGUGCCCCGCUCUUAUAAGCACCCUUCCACAAUUUAGUACCCACCCCUUAGGCCAUGAUAUCAAACAAGUGCCCCUUUUGAAAAAGCACCAUCCUCCCCCUCUUUCUUAGAUAAUUGGGAUACAAAGAAAAACCUGUUUCUAUUACCACUUAAUGUAGAGCUUUGUAAGCUUCAACUCUUUCAGAACAAUACAGGUUAAUAGUUCCUUAAUAUAGUCCCUCAAUAGUCCCUUGAUAAAGCACCCCCUUGAUUAAGCACUCCCCUUGCAACCCCCCCCCCCACUACCCUUGACGAAGCACUCCCCAUAAUAAAGCACCCUCCUUUUAGCCAAAAUUUUGAAUAAGGGCCCAGGCUCUUACUCAAGGAAAUACAGUAUUGAUUUAUUUAAAAGGGACACAUGACUAUUUCAGUUACAGAGAUUUUUCUUCAUUUGCCACCUACAUCUUGUUUGGUUAUUAUCAUUGAGGGAAUUUAUUUUCAUUGCAAAGCAAAAUUCCUAUGAAUGAAAACAAAGAGACCUUUGAAAACAAAAGUGAUCUCUGCAGUAAUAAACACUACUUGAGCAGUAGUGAAAAUGAGGUCUGAAAAAAGUUCAGGAUUUGAACCCAUGACCUCUGCAAUACCACUGCAACUCUACCAACUGAGUCAGAGCCAAUUGGGAGCUGGUCGUUAUGUUGGUCGCAAGUAAACUUGGAAAGUGAUAAAUAAAUGAAUGUGAAUAUACGAAAAUCGUGUGAACUGCAGAUAAAAAAGUGAAUAUGAACGUGAUCUUCACAGUAGUAAACCCUACUAGCGUGGUAGUGAAAUAAGGCCUGAAAAAAAUUCAGGCCUGUACAGGAUUUGAAUCCAUGACCUCUGCAGAGCUGGUCAUUGUGUUAGUUCCAAAUAAACCCAUGAAAUGAUGAAUAAAUCAAUGAAAAUAUAUGAAAAUCAUAUUAUGAAUAUGAAAGUGAUCUUCAGAGUAAUAAACACUACUUAUUUAUAAGAAGUAGUGAAAAUAAUGCCAGAAAAAAAUUCUGGCCUGUGCGGGAUUUGAAACCUUUGGCCAUCAGAGGAGACCUAUCCUGAAAACUGAGAAAGAAAAGUGCUUGGCUGGCACAAAUAUAUAUAUAUAUUUUUUGCUUUUCUAGGAUUUUUAUGCUUUGAACACAAACCUUCAAUACUGAACAAUCAUGCUGAUGGACUUAGUCGGUCAUUGCUGUUUUGAAACACAUGUGUACUGUAGACUAUUAAUUUAUGAAAGCCCAUCUAACUCACACCUUGUAUUAAGCAGACUCUAGUGUGAGUCCCUUUUAUGUCCCCUUCAGUUUACUUGUGUAUAAUCAAAGCCAAAUAGAGUUACACGAGCCAGAGUUUACUAUAAGUGAUAUCAAUUCCAUCUUUUGUUUGGUGAUAGUUUCAGGCAAUUGAAAAACAAGGGAUGCUGAACUGCAAGAAAUUAGUGGAAGGAGGUGGAAAGAAGGUCAAGUAAGUAUGACCUAAAUACAGAAAUUUCGUAAAAAAUUGGGUGUCAAUUGUGCGAUAGGUGGAUUGCACUUAAUAUGUAAGAUUAACAUGUUAUCUUGAUUUCAAUAUUUCUUGUUUGCAUAGAACUUGGUUUGAGCAAACUUUUUUGUUUAGUUUUAUCUCUCUGAAAGCCUUUAUUGAAGAAACUACAGUCAGCAUAGCUUUUAAACUGAAUCUGGAAUUUGAUAUCUUUGAGUCAGUUUAUCAAACACUCAGUCCAGAAUAUUUUCAUUUAAGGGCAGCUUUUACCAAUAUUGUAAAGAACAAGAACUUUCUGUGUGUUAGAUAUUUUAUAAACCAGAUAAUGUGUUGGAAAUUAAUUAUUUUUGAGAAGUAAGAAGGCAUCUCUUUGUUACAUACAAUGUAGUUCUUGGAAACACACCUCCUUAUUUUGAGCUUGUUAUCUGUAUCCAAAAAUGAGAAAGUUGUUACAUUUCUUUUGCAGAAAGAUGUCAUGGACACCAACAUUUGUAAUACUCUUUUCAGCAAAUUUGGUAUUUUACAAGGACCAGAAAGCAGCAGCUCAGGUGCCUUUUGAUAGCACUAACUGAAAUUUUGGCCAAGUUGUUAAGAUAUGUAAUUUUGCCAAGUUUAAAAUAACUGAAAUGUGACCAUUCUUGCUGUGUCAUGUGGAGGGCUUCAGCAAAGUUUCACCCCCCCCCCCAUUUUUUGAUGGAUAUUCAUUCCAUACACAACUUCCUCAUUGUAUUGUACAAAGGUGCUUUUAUCUUUAAUCAUGAAGACAAAUUCCAAAUUACAUUAUGUUGCACAAGUCAAUCUCAUGAAUUUGAGGACAGCUUAAAACAGAAUGCAGGAUUCCCUAAUGUAAGCUGCCUUAGAAUGUCAACGUCUCUAACAGUCAAUUAUUUACCUAAUUAAAAAAUCAGUAUCAAAAACUAAUUACAAAAAAACACUCUGACUCUUGGUUAUUAUGGUAGCCUCCUUGCGACUCAGUAAAUUGCUACCCCUCACCACUACUGCUUUUACACCACCCACCCUCCAAUGCUCUUGGCUUGGUCAUGUUCAUCCUGGUGAGGAUUUUCUGCACUUGGAAAACAAAAAAACUGGGCUAAAAAACUACAGAGGAUGUUAAAUAUUAAGAUUUAAAACAAACUCAUAAUACUGUGUUCAUUUUCCAUUCCUAGAAACCUGGUCACCCCCAGGGGAAACCACAGAGUUGUUGUCCUUUGCAAGGUGCAACACUUGAGUGGGGGAGGUCUUCUACCAAAAAGAAAAAUGCAUUCCAGGUAAUAUGCACCUUUGUUAUGUCAUUUGCAAUGUAGAUAAUUUACUGUGUAGAAGUUACUCCAAACCUGUAAAUGUUGUAGCUCCUUCUGUGCGUUUAUGUCAUGAUUUAUCUCUUUUAUGAUUUGAAAUUGAAAAGUUUGGUGUGUUCUUUCAGAUCAAAGCAUUUUCCGGAGCAGUGUAUCUCCUUCAACAUGAUCACCAAAUGGAGGCCACAAACUGGUUUAGUGCCAUCUCUGGUGUUAUCAAGAGACUGGUGAGUAGUGAAUGUCAACUCUGGCACCAGUGAUUAUGUUGUUGUUGUUGUCAUUAUGGUCUCCUGGAGACUUCUUGUUUUUACAGUUUGUGUUAGUAUCAUUACUUAAUUGUAAUACUAUUAAUUAUUAUCCAACUGCACAAAGUAGAGUACACAUAACAUACGAAUAGAGUACAAGUAUCCUGCAAUAUUGUACAUUUAUUUGAACAGUUGGUUAUUUUGUACUGUUAAAAACCUGUUCUACCAGUUGGCUGUGUGCUACUUGUCUCUAUUCGCUUUCCUUUUCCCGCCUUAUGAGAAACGAACAGAAAGACUUAGCAGGACAAAAAGCAGUUGGAUAAUAAAUGUCUCAUAGUAUUGCUGAGUAUUUGUACUCGGUGUUUUUAUUUUGACUUACCUUAUGGGCUCAUCAAAAUAUGGCACAACUUGUAAAAAUACUCAGCAAUACUACAUACCAAAACAUCUAAUAAGAUGCACUUAUUAUAUACAUGUAUGAUUCUUCUUCUGUCUUUUUUCAGAAUGAGGAAGAGCCAUUACCACCACAAACUCCUGUGCAAGAUCAACCACAACGAGGUUUUAUUUUGGUUUUAAUUUACUGGCAUAUAAACCCAUUGAAUCCUGGAGUUUUCCUCAAAUUCAUGUGUUACAACUUAUUUGUCUUUUUUGUGGCUGCUUCUAAGCCCAAGUCCACCCAAUUCUUGCAUUAUGAAAACAUGUGCAAGUGUUUGUGCACCAGGUGCCCUUCCACUGAGGUCACUUCUCUCCACACACAAUGUGUUAAGAGCAUGCAAUUAACCUUAUCUAUCCUGUGGAGGUUAUUUGGCUACAUGUUAGUCUGUGCAUUGUAAUCAAAGAGAAACAUUUUUUCCUUGUAUUGAUUUUCAAUUUCCUUUAUCUCCUAGCCUGGAUUAUGGAUAGUUAUGAUUUGGACAGGGAGAAGUUAUAGAAUCAACACAGGAACUAAUGAGAUUUGUACUUGUUUUAUUCACUACAUUUUUCAUUCUGUUAAGGAGCUGACAAUGAUGUCGUCUCACAAGAACCUGGGACCCCAAUUUCUUUGCAGCCUGUUGAUCUGGUCCGAAUUCCAAGCAUUCAUAAAAGAGGUAAACCAUAGGGCGAAAUCACUUCUACUCAAACAUUUCUGACUCCAUCAGUGACAAACAACACCUCAUAAUAGAUUUCAAUUAAAUGUGAAUGAUCGGUCUAAAUGAAAACCAAGGUGUAAAGUAGAACUCUUAGGAACUUAGUAGAAAGGUAAUUUCUCUGCAAUGGUCACCAGUUUGUAUUCAGUUGAAAGGCCUAUAUUUAACCAGCUUGGUGAGGUUGUUCUUUUGCUUUUGCCAGGUUCAUCUUUUAAAUGUUUUAUUGACUUUUCAUAAGAUUGUAGCAUCACAUUGAGGUUGACAGUUUAUUUAAUUAAAAUAAAAAUUCCUUGAUAAGAACCUUCUUUUAAUUUCAGGUGUUGACCGAGAGGACAAAAGGAACAUGAGAGAAAAGCUGAGGAAAUUUCUCACUAAACGACCUCCAAUAGAGGAGCUGGAAAAGAAAGGAAUUAUUAAAGGUAAACAAAUUUAACAUGAUGCCGUUAAACACUGCAGUAAGGCAUUAAGGUCAUCGGCAUAAAGGAAAUGAUCACCAACUAAAGAAGCUGUUGACUGUUUAAUAAAUUCUCCUUGUCAGCACAUAAGGAAAUGUUUAAUGAACAAUUUGGAGAAUAUGCAUACUAGUGUUAGGGUGUAAAGUGUUAAGCCGCAUGUGAUUUCAUUUUCAGAAAGUGUAUUUGGCUGCCACAUUGCACAUCUUUGUGAAAGACAGAAAACAACAGUUCCUGUAUUUGUUAGCUCAUGCAUUGCUGCCAUUGAGAAGAGAGGUGUGUUUUGCUUAAAGUGAUUUGUGACCUCUUUACCUUUUGCAUCUUUGACAGAGUUUCUUGAAUUUUUAUCAGUUUUUUUUUUUACAUCACCACAUCUUAGUAUGACUGAAUGAGUGACUGAAAGCUAAUUGAUGGUCACUGGUAAGAACAAGUCCAAACAUCAGUGAAAGUUUGAAGAGUAAAUAAAUAGCACUGCAUGCUUCUUGAAACGAGUGUUCAAUUUGAUUAAAUGAUGUCUGCCUAUGUGAGACAAUUUGAUUGCAUGGUAGCCAUAGUGAUGUCUACCUGAUUUUUCCUCCAGGUCUGUCAUUUGAUGGUCUCUACAGGGUGUGUGGUAAUGUCUCCACGGUGCAGAAGCUCAGAAUAAUGGUUGACCAAGGUUUGUCUGCCUUAAGUUUAUACAUCCAGGGGCACAGAAAAUGAAGGGAGUCCGAGGAUUCUCCUGAACCCUUCCCCCUCCUUCCCAUGUAUAAGUAUAUGUUAAGGGUUCUUGAGGGACUUCAAGGUAACAUAUGAAAAUUCUGAAAUGGAGAUAUUACAAUUCGAGAAUUCCCUAAGCCAUGUUGUUUCAAGGGUGUCUUUUUUAGAGUAUCAGAUCUCUCUCAACUUAUAAUAGGAAAAGAUACAAAAUCCAACUAAAACCUUUUUUUUUUGCCUUAAAGAAGAACAAGCUUAUCUUAAAUAUGGUUUAUGCGAAGCUUAAAGGGAGGAAUGGUACCCUGCUGUAUAUUAGUUUUUGUAUAAGUUUUUUCAGAAAAAAAAUUGUUCGUGGGUCUUUGCUAGAAUUUGAUUUAGAAAUCAAAUAAUAUUAAGGGUGUAAUUAAAAGCUGCCAUUUACCACAAGAAUCUUUGUGUGGAUCACUUAUACUUCUGGCCAUCAGUGUGAUGGUGAUCAGUUCUCUGAGCCAAAAUUUGGAAUAGGAACGUCAAUGAAGGUUUCUUUCCAAACUGCAUGGAAAGAACUUUUGCUUAAUUACUCUGUUUUCUUUCCUGCUCCAAGAACAUCAGUAAUUUUGCUCAAUUUAAAUUUUUGCCAUAGAGGAGAAAGUGGUACUUGGUGAGCCACCUUUCGAUGACGUCCACGCCCUCACUGGAUCUCUAAAACUUUACUUUAGAGAGCUUCCAGAGCCUCUUAUUCCUUAUGACUUCUUUAGUGGAUUUGUAGAGGCAAUAAGUGAGUUUCAUCUUGUCUUAUUUAUUUUUCAUAUGUUCAUCCAAAAUAUGCUCUUACAAUUCAAACAUUCAAUUUGUAUCGUUUUAUUCUUUUUUUCCUUCCUUUUUGCUUGUUUUCUAUUCUUUCCCCUCAACCACCUAUCAAUUGGUUUCGUGAUUAAAUUGAAUACAUACAUUGCACAUAUUUUUGUGUAUCUUGGUGUAAUCCUUUCCGGAAACCUGAUUUACCUUAAGAAAUGUUAAAAAUAAUAGUCCAAAAAUUAUUUUGUGAACUCUCAACAAUGACAUAUUGUUGAUAGAAAUAAUAGAGAUGGUAAGUUUUGAGCUCGGUAAAGAAUUAAGAACGGCGAAAAAAGACGAAGAACAUCUUUCUUAAUGACAUAUCAAUAAUCUUUUUUAAUUGGAUCUUUCAACAGAGCAAAGCACACGAAAGAGCAAGCUAACUGCUAUGAGAUCUUUGGCUGUUCAGAUGCCGAAGGUCAAUGGGGAAACUCUAAAGUUAUUGCUGCGACAUUUGCGAAAGUAGGUUUUUUUUUUAUUGUUGGCUUAGAUGGGAAUGUUCUCAGAAAUUAUUUAGUUGAAAUGGGGUAAUUUAGUAUUAUCAACUGAUUUGAUAAUGUAAAUUGACCACGGUGAAAAGUUUCAAAGCUGAGGUUUCGAGCGUUAGCCCUUCGUCAGAGUGAAACUUGCCCCCUUCAUUCAUUUAGUAAAUUUCAGUUUUACUUAAAAGUUAGUGCUUAGGAUUUAUGAGACAUUCAAGUUGUUACUGCGAGAGGCUCAAGAGUUAAGCAUGUUCAUUGUUCAGAUGAGAAUCUUCACUAGGUUAGAAUAGAUGUAUAGAGUUAACCCUCUGAACCCAAAGAAUGACUAGCUUCUAAUUUCUCUCUACAAUGUCUUCCCUGAAUCAAAGUCGAGGUCACGGGACUAAAGGAAAUGACCAUCAACCAAAGAACAAAACACCUGACAAAACACUGACAUACAGUUUACCAGAGAAGUCAAAGAAAAUGGGUAACUUCCUUUUGUAGACUGCCUGGUAAGCUGUGACGACAACUCGCUACGAACAACAGUCUACAGGAAAUCGCCACAUACCGACAGAUUACUGGACGAGUCAUCCUACAACCUGACAUCACACAAAACCACAACUACCAGGACUCUAACACGAUGAACGCAACUAGUAUAAAACACGACGGACAGCUUAUCCGAUGAGAACAAAUGCUUUGACCAUGUUUUUUUCAGUUUACAACCACAAUUAGGUCUUUAUCUGACUAGACACUCACCAACCUAGUACUGCAACUACCAAAACAAAUAACGGUGCAGCUCCUACGACUACAACGACUAUACCGCUCAUAAAGGGUAUGAGAACAUCUUGCACAACCUACAAUGAUUCAGUAUGCGUGUCGCCCACAAACCCAUCACCACACCACGUCAGUUAAUAACAGACGUCAAAGAAAAGAACGAACCGAGGAGUAGGCAGGGGCUGUUUAUAAGAUCAGUUGCUUUGACUGCCAAGCCUCCUGCAUCAGAGAGACUGGUGGAAACCUCACAACAAGACUGACUGAACACAAGCGGGCGACGAGGAAAGAUGAUGUCUACAAUCACAUUCCUAAAUGUCAUGAACCACGCUGUUGACUAGGACUCUGCGCAAUACGUAACCUACAGCACUAACUACUUUCAGCGACUGACUCUGGAAAGCUGGUUUACUAACUUAGACCAAUCUCCCCUUAACAGAUGUAAACUACUACCGGCACCAUACAAACGAUUCGAGUAGGACUUAAACAUUGCAAACGAACCGAAUACGAUGACCUAACUUUACCGAUUGAUCGAAACAGACCAAUCAGGACCGACCUACGCCACUUGAGUCUUACAGUCUCUCGGCAAAACUGACUAAUCAAUUCGUGUGAACCAGACUUAGAACAUUCGACUGAUCACAAUCAUUCUCUUGACUCUGAUGAUGACGUCUACUGAGGGUUUUUAAUUGUCAGUCACCACUACAGACAACAGUCCUUCUCUGGACUACACUCACCUAGACGAUCAGACUACACUUUCACAUAUUACCCCCAAGUUAAAACCAUAUACUGAAGCUUUUGAUUGGGAAACACCUUCUCUUUGUCAGGGCCUUAGGAAAUAUAUAGAGAAUAGCAGGAGAACAUGUAUACUGAUGUUAGGGUGUACAGUGUUAAGAGUGAUUUUUAAUGCUCUGCUAAUACUAUGGUUCUUAAUAUUAUGUAGAACUUUGUUUGCAAAACUAUUUUCAAUGUAUUAAAACUUUGGAUACGUAAAAGGAACAACCAUAUUGAUAAAUAACAUUCAUCAAACUAAAUGUUGGCAUAUAAUUCUAUGAUUUCAGGUUAAUGGAUCAGAGUGAAGAAAACCGUAUGAAUGCGCAAAAUCUGGCCAUUGUUUGGGGCCCAAAUCUCAUGUGGCCUCGCUAUGAUUCUGGAGACAUAGCAGUAAACAUGGUGCAUCAAAACCAAAUCAUAGAAUUUCUACUUUUGGAAUUUGACCAUGUGUUUAAAUAGUUGUUAACUUAUAACAGCAAAACAAGUAUUUUUCAGCAGAAUAUUGUAGUAGUAGUAGUUGGCAUUUAGGUACAUACAGCCUAUUACAUUAGUAUGUAGUGCGUACUAGUGUGGUAUGUCACUACAGCAGGUCAGAGUUAUGGCUUUUUAGUAUGUGACAAGAUGAGUUUUUUUUUUGCAGUUUUAGAAAGAGGAAACAGUUUUAUGUACUUACAUUGCAAGAGUCAUUUUGUUUCCCUUUUUGUGGGAGUGGUUUGGGUACAGUUCUCAGAGUGCUCCAUUGUAUAUAAUGUAACUAAAACAACGGCAGUGAUCACAAUUCUUUUGUGUAAAUUGAAUUAAAUUUUAAUGCAAUGACUAAAUAUGUAUGAUCAGUUGGAGAACACUGUUCAAUAGGCAUAGUGAAUGAUAAAAUUGAAAUCUUCUAUGAUUUUUACAUGAAUGAAAUCUAAGAGUGAUGGUAAAGGUGUAGCUUAAGAAGGCACCAGGCAUAGGCUGUACCAGGUGUCACUUGCCAUAGACAGGUAUCAAGAGUUGAAUGCAAGGAUCUUUGGUUGUCCCUUAGGUUACAAGAAUCAAAGAUUGCAACAACCUGCAACGGUUUGUGGCAUCAUAAUGAAUGUUUUGUAGGUGGAUGUUUUUAACUGAAAGUAUUGAGUAAACAUGGAUUUCGAAUAUUGGAUCAUUAUGGUGAAGACUGAGGAGGCCUUUGGCACUGCCUCCUUACUCCAAUUGUCUGGAAGAUGACGACUAAAACUUUUACUCUUUGCUUUAAUGAUCCGGGAGAAAAGUAAAUGUUUGAAACAGUCUGGAGAGAAACGGUCUUGAAAGAGUGUAUGCUGACUGUUCCUCUUUAGAACAAUAUGUUCACUGAAAAGCUCUGUGAAGAAGUAGACAACAGUCUUGUUUUGUCUUUGAAAUAGAUAUAGUCCUGAUCCCAAUUAGAUUUAGUACUUUAGUCUCAUUCUAUUGUACACAAGUUUUUAUUGUUACCAUCUCUUAACAUGAGAGUUGACAAAGUGGUCUGAUAUAACAUAUUGUCAAAAAUGCAGAGAUGAUUCAUCUAGUUGCUAACUGGGUGUAGGAGUAAUUGCUGUGGGUUGUAAUGAGAGAUUUAUAGUUGAUGGAGGUCAAUGAAUUAAUGUCAUCUUAGCGCUAAGAGUCAGCCAUUAUUUGAAUGGAUUUCAUAAAUGAUAAAAAUUCUUAAGUGUUAAAGUUUGAGGGGAUUUCACAUCCACAUAUGCAAGACAUGAUUUUUCGUGUAGGUUUAGUAAGCGUACUCAUGCCUUAAAAUAGGAAAUGUUUUGGAUAAGUCAUCCAAAAUGUGCAAAUGCUACUGUACAACUUUUUGUCUAUGGGGUGAUAUUUAUGCAUGCACUAAAAUAAUUUACUCUGAGAGAAUCUUUCUACAUUUUGUCAAGUAAAAGUUACUUGGGCAAAAUCCCUUUUUUUCAGAGUUUAAAGGCUUGGCCGCCAAGCUUCCGUGAACAAACGUUAGUAUCACUGGGUGACUAUAUUCUCCUGAAAUGGGUCUGCAAUGCGUGCUUGUGCACUGUCACUUGUUAUCUUUAGUGUUUGUGCAGAUAACAUACCAUAUGAAAGUAUCUCUUGUAUAUUAAUAGUGGUUAGUCCUUUGAUAUAAUUCAUCUGACACAUAGAACUUUCGUUUAAGAAAAUACAUUUUUAGAAAAAAAGUGUUGCGAGUGAGGCUGAAAGGUAUUGUUGGUGUAUUUGUUAACUUUGUAGUAUUACGAGGAAAUGUGCAAAGUCAUUGUGGACCUAUUUUUGGACUUCUGUUUAAUUACAAUGCCUAAGCACUACUCACGACAUUCAUAGCUGUUCAGACUUUGUAAUUACAAAGAUAUAUUUUUGCAUGUACGAUGUCAACAGCAGCAGCUUAAACAUUCAAUUUACCACCAUCAAAGAACGUUCAGUGAAAUAAAUUUAGGAUGAAGUAUUUGUUAUGAUGAUUCUUGAAGGGAG